AAAAGGAAAGGAGAGAAGUAAUAGAUCUUUGACAUGGACAAUAAAAAUGUUAUUGUAAUCGGAUUAUUUUCCAUGUCAUUAAAUUUUUAAGAUAAAAAUUGAUUUCGUGGCAACUUAACGUGCCAUCUAGCACUUCCGUCGACGGAAGGACUAAAAUGGUUCCAAAAAUUGAAGUUUAGGAUUUUUUUAGUACUUUUUUUAGUUUGAGGGUAUUUUUAGUCCAAAAAUGAAAGUUCAGGGACUGAAUCGGGGAUAUAACCGGAAAACUACUACCGAAUUGAUGCGAGUUAAACAGAGGGACGGGGAGUCCCUAAAGAACUAGAUGAGCAGGUUCAAUGAUGCGGUGUUGGAGGUUAAUUCCUUCGACCAAGCUGUGGGCAUUGCAGCUGUAAUCUCUGGUCUCAAACAUGACAGGUUCCGAGACAGUUUGAUCAAACAUGCUGCUACCACCUUUAGCGAGGUAAAUGAUCGAUCUCUGAAAUUCAUAACUGCUGAGGAAUACGCCCUGGCGCAAAACCCACCUUCCUCUAAGAACCAGAACCCAGAAUGGAGAGAUGACAAUCCGAGCCGGAAAAGGAUGAGAAUGGCACAGAAUCGAGGUCCGAUGUUGACCUCUCCAACGAGAUUCGGAAGGACGAACUCAACACCCCCGCAACAAUCUGCAGGUAAACCUCCAGUCAAUUGGACUCCCUUUAAUCUGUCGAGGUCACAAAUUUUUAUGCAGAUCAAGAAUAAAAUGGAUUUAAGGCGUCAUGGCCCGAUGAAAACUGCUGCUGCUAGUCGAGACCACACCAGAUAUUGUGAUUUUCAUCAAGAUCACGGCCAUACUACAGAGCAGUGCAACAGCUUAAAGUCCGAAUUGAAAAGUUUAGCUCAGAAGGGAAUGCUAAAUGAGUAUGUUCAGAGAGCUAAACAGCCGAAGUUUAUCAGAGAACAGAGGCCGCAGCCUCAAGGAGUCUGCAAUCCCCCAAAUAGGCAAGGUGUGGGAUAUCAGCAAGCCCCACCUCCGCUCCCACCACUAGCUAGAAUCAUACAUAUGAUUACGGGAGGCCUUGAAGCAGUUGUCACACCCCACAAUGAUCCCUUGGUCACUUCUGUAAUGAUUAAUAACUGUGAAGUACAACGUGUCCUUGUUGACACCCAGAGUGCACCAGACAUCAUGUACUUCCACUGUUUUGAGAGUCUGGGACUGGAUCCAGCAUUGUUGCAGAAGUAUGAUGGUCCUAUCUAUGGUUUCAACAACCAACCUGUUCCGGUAGAAGGAGUUCUUACCCUCCAUGUGGCUUUUGGGAGUGGCAGGACCUAUGUGACCCCGUCGGUCCGGUUCCUCGUAGUCAAGAUGGCCUCCUCUUUUAACAUUGUUAUUGGCCGACCCACAUUGACUGAAAUCCGAGCUGUGGUUUCCCAGUCUCACCUCUCUCAGACACCCGAAGCCAUCCCCCAGCAAAUUUCUGAUAAUCAGCAAGUUAUGGGUGUUGAGAUCGUAGAUAAUCGACUGGAAGAUGAAACCAGAGCUGCUCCAGUCGAAGAUGUUGAAGAAGUACUUAUUGAUGACAGAGAUCCGAGCCGAAAGACGCAGAUCGGAACUAGAUUGAACCCAGAGGAAAGGGCAAAGCUCAUAGCUUUUCUUCGAGUUAAUAAUUAUAAAAGAUCAAACAAAAAUAAUCAAGACCCAUAAAGCAUCUACAAGAAAAAACCCAAAUUGGACAAGCUUUUCCCAGAUUCUUUCUGCAGGAACCCUGAUUUGUAAUGAUUUUUUUAAGAACAAUGCAAGAAGAAGAGAUAGUUGAUUGUUUUUGAAUCUUUAUUCUCCAAAGAUUGGAGUGGAGAGAAGCAGAAUAUAGAGAUUAAAGACAGAAAAGUAUGGCUAUCUUUUAAAAAUUAAAAAAUUAAAAAUCAGAAAACAAAGAGAAAAAUCUAGGAAAAUUAAACAAAAUCAACAAUAUGUAACUCACUUCAUCAUCAAAUUAUAUUCCUUCAUCAAUCUAGGGCGAGAGAGUCUGGAAAAAGGAAAGAGAAAAUUGUAGAAAGUUUCAGUUAACUCUGAACCGAAAUCCUAAAAAAUAUAAAAAUAUUUUAGGUUGACCCCACUUAAAAGGAAAGGAGAGAAGUAAUAGAUCUUUGACAUGGACAAUAAAAAUGUUAUUGUAAUCGGAUUAUUUUCCAUGUCAUUAAAUUUUUAAGAUAAAAAUUGAUUUCGUUGCAACUUAACGUGCCAUCUGGCACUUCCGUUGACGGAAGGACUAAAAUGGUUCCAAAAAUUGAAGUUUAGGGAUUUUUUUAAUACUUUUUUUAGUUCGAGGGUAUUUUUAGUCCAAAAAUGAAAGUUCAGGGACUGA